AUGUCUGGACGUGGCAAAGGUGGCAAAGCCAAGGGAAAGGCAAAGACCCGAUCAUCUAGGGCAGGACUCCAGUUCCCCGUCGGUCGUAUCCACCGUCUCCUCAGGAAAGGUAACUACGCCGAGAGGGUGGGAGCAGGAGCUCCGGUGUACCUCGCAGCAGUCAUGGAAUACCUGGCUGCCGAAGUUCUCGAGUUGGCCGGCAACGCAGCUCGUGAUAACAAGAAGACUAGGAUCAUCCCGCGUCAUCUCCAGCUCGCCAUAAGGAACGACGAGGAGUUGAACAAGCUGUUGUCGGGAGUCACCAUCGCUCAAGGCGGAGUACUUCCCAACAUCCAGGCCGUUCUGCUGCCGAAGAAGACAGAGAAGAGCUCAUAA